AACCAGAUAAGAUCGCACACGCGGUGCGAGGCGAGAGAGAAGGGAAAAAAAAAUCUAAGCCAAACCCUAAUCUGAUCCGAGGCUAGGGUUUCGAUCUCGAUCGGCGGCUUCCAUGGCGGCGGCGGCAAGGCAUCGCGGGACGGUGAAGUGGUUCAACGACACCAAGGGGUUCGGCUUCAUCUCCCCCGACGACGGCAGCGAGGACCUCUUCGUGCACCAGUCGUCCAUCAAGGCCGACGGCUUCCGCUCCCUUGCCGAGGGCGAGCAGGUGGAGUUCGCCAUCUCCGAGAGCGAGGACGGCCGCACCAAGGCCGUCGACGUCACCGGCCCCGACGGAUCCUUCGUCAAGGGCGGCGCUGGCGGCGGAGGAGGAGGCGGCGGCGGCGGGGGUGGCUUUGGGUCCCGUGGCGGGGCCGGAUCUGGCGGCGGCGGCCGCAGCUAUGGUGGUAGCUGGGGCGGAGGGAGGAGAUCCGGCGGCGGCGGCCCUGGCGGGGCCUGUUUCAAGUGCGGGGAGUCUGGCCACAUGGCUAGGGACUGCUUCAGCGGCGGAGGCGGCGGCGGCGGUGUUGGUGGAGGUGGUGGCGGCGGCGGUGGCUGCUUCAAGUGCGGCGAAAUGGGGCAUAUGGCUAGGGACUGCUUCAACGGCGGUGCUGGUGGAGGAGGCGGUGGUGGCGGCGGCGGCGGCGGCGCCUGCUACAACUGCGGUGAGACCGGACACCUCGCGAGGGACUGCUUCAACGGCGGCGGCGGUGGCGGCGGAGGCGGCGGCGGGAGGUUCGGCGGUGGAGGCGACCGCUCCUGCUACAACUGCGGCGAGACCGGACACAUCGCCCGCGACUGCCACAAGUGAUGGAUUACACCAUCGAUCUCCCCCCUCUUAGAUCUCGCCUAAAACUUCACUCUUAAGUCGGAUUAUUGCUUUAGUUUUGCCGCCGAUCUGGGUCACUGGGAGAGCGCGCUUGCCUGCUAUAACGGAGCCGCCCUUUUUUCUCUUUCCUUCUUUUGCUCUUGGGAUUUCGGUUUAGUUUUAACUUCAGCUGCUGCUGCGGCUGCUGCUGCUGCUCGUGUGAUGCUUUUGCUGCUGCUAUGAGUUGGUCUGGUCCUCUGGUUCAGGUUAAGAAGACGUGAUGUCUGGAUUGGUUUUGUGUGUUGCGCGAGGAGAUUGACAAAAUCUGUCUCCUUUUUGUGGUUUCCCCGAGAUGAAAAAGAUGAUUAUUGUCGGUUACUCUAUAAUUUUUACCAGCUCUGUCGAUUCCAUCAGCAUGUGAUA